AGAAGAAGAAUUUAGGUUAGCUUUAAAUUAAAAAUAUAUUUUCUUUAAAAUGGGCUUAAUUCGAUUAAAACGAAACGUUGCCUUGAAACUUCUAAAUACAGGCAAAGCUUUAUCCAAUGUGGCUACGCAGAAUGAUGAGGAAUAUACAGAUGUGCCGGAGUAUCCCCCCAUUUUAGAUCUCUCCAUUCGAAAGCGUUUAGAGCGCAAGAAAGAAACCAGGCACGAUAUGGUGCGGGCUGUAAAAACAGUGGAAGAAAAGCAGAUAAAACUGAACAUGCCCAGAUAUUACGGUUUCAAGAGCUACAUGCUUUUUGAAGAAAAAAUACCUUACAAUGGUCUUUGUCUUUCUCAGUAUGUAACUCGUACCCAUUUGAUCAAUGAACUCGGUUUACCAAAUUUCUACGAAAAUAUCAAUAGCGAUGGGGCUUUAGAUCUAGCUGGAGACAUCCAGGAAUGUCUUCUAAUGGAGAUAGAUUACAUACAGAGGUUAUAUGAUAUUAAAAAAGAAGAAAUAACAAAUGCGGAUAGAGAGAAUCUUACAGGUGCGGCAAUUGCAAAACAAAUUAACAGAAUAAUAAGUAACAAUUUGGCUCCCAAGUAUAACCACAUAGUAGAUAGUCAGGCAGAUAUUGCACCUAGAAUAGAGUCUUGCUGGUAUGCUGGAGGCAUGGAUCCUCCAAAUCAUAUAAAAAGAAUGAGAUCCAAAAUAGUUUAUAAAAAAGAGUUUGAAAAUGAUCCUAUAGAUAGGCUCAUGUACUACAUAGGUUCUCCACUUUUGAGUGUAAGAUCGCGUAUGCCUCUUCUGCCCAUUAUGUCUCAUUCUGAGGCAGAAAAUCCAGAAUUUGAGAUACCACAUUUUAAAUAUGACCCCAGAGUUUUGGGAAUACCCACUGAAUACCGGCAUGUGGCGAAUAUCCCAGGGUUUUGGCCAGGAGAUCCAAAUAUGUUUGGCUUGGUUUCUUUUCACAAGCGCGGUCACAUUGAAGAGCAUUUGAAGCAAUUUAAAGACCCAAAGGAUACAGAGGAAGCCAUUCACAGACAGGCUAUCCUUGCAUCAUAUGCUUGGCUGCAUGCCCAGGCCAAUUUCUUAGGAUUCACUACUUUUAACGAUAUUACUUACCCUUUGGUUACACAAACAGUGAUAACAAAUGGCAAGCAGUGGUCAUUUUACGUUUACCAAUUAAACACCAUAAAACUGCACAAUACUGCCCAGGAAAAUCCAAAAAAAAAUGUUUGCUGGGCCACAGGUCAGAUGAACUUGUUUGAAGAGAUAAAUGAAGACAAAAUUGUUGGGUUUAAUGAAGACACAUUGAAACUGCUUGUGAAGUUUUAUGCAAAUGCACCUCAAGAGAGGCUAGCCGUCAAUAUGAGGCCAUACUUGAGCAAUGAAGAAAAACUGGCUGCUGAUUAUCAGGAUGAUGAUAAACGCCAGUGGCUAGAAAGAGAAUACAAGUAUUUGGUGGCCAAUAGGCCACGACUGAAGGAAGUGGAUGAAAUUUAUAGUUGGGAGAAAAUCUACAAAAUCGAUCACAAGACGCGGCCGUUGGAAAAAAGACUGAGACCAUUUGAGCUGUUGAAGAACCCGUAUAAGAGAGCUUUGAACCACCGAUUACCCAGAUACAUUCCGAAAGCCCUCCGGCCCGAUUUGCCGAAGCAUAAGGGGCGCAGGGCGAAGGAAUAUUUCCCGUGAGUUGCGCGUAUGUCGGAAAACAUGAAAUAUAUUUUUUAGCGUACAGUUUCUAUAUUUAAUUGAUCCCAUCUGAUAAAAAUAUCAAGCCUUGUUUACCCUUUAAGGAUAAAAUAACUAUGGUGUAUAAUC